AGACCCUUUUACUAUUUUCUGAUUAUUCUUUUCCCUAAAUUUACACAGCUUGCACUUUCUAGUGACAAGAUUGCUACACUACAAAUGCCAUUAUUAAACCUACAUCUAGAUGUCAAAGAAAAUGGUGAAGUAAAACCAUACACUAUUGAAAUGAGUAAAGAAGAACUCCAGAAUCUGAUAACUUCCUUGGAAGCAGCUAAUAAGGUGGUCCUGCAGUUGAAGUAACUGGAAGUGUCGAAGACCCACGCUGAGCAGAGUACGCUGCUGCCCCUCUCACGGCAGAGAGGUUCCUGUGUGCUUGUUCAGCAGCCCUUGUGUUGUAUUGACCUGUCCACCAAGCUGAGCACACAGCAGUGUUGGCGAUUUCAAAGAGAAAGAACAAGAAAUUACGUGGUUGACAGGAAGAGCAUCACAUGAAAGAUGAAAAAGCCAUAGUAGCAGUUUAUAUUUUCAUGUUUGUUUUGCCUCAGUUAUUAAGUAUUUGAAAAUAAAAUCUUUGUAUAUAUAUAAUUUUAUUGAAAACAAAAAGUAGGCUCUAAAGUGAUGUAAGAGUACAAAGCACAAAUAUACUUGAAUAUUGCUUAAAGAAUUAUGUGAAUAGCAAGGACACGUGUUAUGAAUAUAUACUUAAUUUGUGAUAUUUAAAAACAACUUUCUUGAAGAAUGUAUAAGCCGCAAUUGUAACUCAGGACAUUCCAUAUCUUUCUUGUAUUUCAAAGGAAAGAUAAUCAAGUGUAAUGUUUCUUAAGAUAAAAAUUCUUUGUCAGAUAUGAUUAGGAGAAAGCAAAUUGGUGUGCAAGACUUUGAGUUUUGGAAUUAUUUAAGCUAAAAUCUAGAACAAAGAGAAUGGAACAGCAUCGUUACAUAUGCAUCAGUGUGUCAGGUUAGAUGUUUAUGAUCUAAUAAGAGGAAUAGAUGUCUGCAUAGUAUAUUCAAAUAUCAGACAAAAGUAAGCUCUGUUUUUGUUAUAGACUCUUAAUAUUGAAUUUAACUCUUUUGAAUAUUAACAAAUUCAUUGGAAAGCAAACUUUUUAACCUCAUUUAACUUUGAUGACAAACAUUCUGAAAAAAUAAAAAGUUUUAUUUUUA